AACCACUAUCGCCGUGUGACCUCCUACCAUGCACGCCACCGGGGAAUGGGAUCGGAGCACGCGCGCUCGCUCGUUUAAAUUGCCGCUUCAACCCCACUCAUGCCGCUCACCAGCUCGAUCGACCGAUCUCCCCGCCGUCCAUUGAUUCAAGGAUCGAUCGAACACAAGCUAGGAAGCUUGCUAAUUCAACAGCAAUGGCCGGCGGUCGCCGUCUCCGGUGCCUCUCCCCUGCGUGCCUCUUUCUCGCCGUGGCCGUGGCCCUCCUCGCCAUGCCGGGGCUCGCCGCCGCCCGCACCCGCCGCUACACGUUCAAUGUGACGAUGGCAACGGUGACGCGGCUGUGCGCGACGAGGAGCAUCCCCACGGUGAACGGGCGGUUCCCGGGGCCCAAGAUCGUCGUGCGCGAGGGCGACCGCCUCAUCGUCCAGGUCCACAACAACAUCAACAACAACGUCACGUUCCACUGGCAUGGCGUCCGGCAGGUGCGCAGCGGGUGGGCGGACGGGCCGUCCUUCAUCACGCAGUGCCCGAUCCGGCCGGGGCAGAGCUACGCCUACAACUUCCGGAUCAUUGGGCAGCGCGGCACGCUGUGGUGGCACGCGCACUUCUCCUGGCUCCGCGCCACGCUCUACGGCCCGCUCGUCAUCCUCCCGCCGCUCGGCGUCCCCUACCCGUUCCCAAAGCCCGACCGGGAGGUGCCCCUCAUGCUCGGCGAGUGGUUCAACGCCGACCCGGAGGCGGUGAUCAGGCAGGCGCUGCAGACCGGCGGGGGCCCCAACGUCUCCGACGCCUACACCUUCAACGGCCUGCCGGGACCGACCUACAACGCCUGCUCGGCCGGCGACACGUUCAGGCUGCGGGUGCGUCCCGGGCGCACCUACAUGCUGCGGCUCGUCAACGCGGCGCUCAACGACGAGCUCUUCUUCGCGGUGGCCAACCACACGCUCACGGUGGUCGGGGCGGACGCCAGCUACGUCAAGCCGUUCACGGCCGCCACGCUGGUCAUCUCCCCGGGGCAGACCAUGGACGUUCUCCUCACCGCGGCCGCCGCCACCCCGCCCUCGCCCGCCUACGCCAUCGCCGUCGCGCCAUACACCAACACCGUCGGCACGUUCGACAACACCACCGCCGUCGCCGCGCUCGAGUACGCGCCGCAGGCCGCGCUCCGGGGCCUCCCGCUGCCGGCGCUCCCGCUCUACAACGACACGGGCGCCGUGGCCAACUUCUCGGCCAACUUCCGGAGCCUCGCGAGCGCGCAGUACCCCGCGCGCGUGCCGCGGACGGUGGACCGCAAGUUCUUCUUCGCCGUCGGGCUCGGCGCCGACCCGUGCCCGAGCCGGGUCAACGGGACGUGCCAGGGGCCCAAUGGCACCAGGUUCGCCGCGUCCAUGAACAACGUGUCCUUCACCAUGCCCAAGACUUCCCUCCUCCAGGCGCACUACCAGCGCCGGUACAGCGGCGUGCUCACGGCCAACUUCCCGGCGAUGCCGCCGAUGACGUUCAACUACACGGGCACGCCGCCGAACAACACGUUCGUGACACACGGCACCCGGGUGGUGCCGCUCAGGUACAACACCACCGUGGAGGUGGUGCUGCAGGACACCAGCAUCCUGGGCGCCGAGAGCCACCCGCUGCACCUGCACGGCUACGACUUCUACGUCGUCGGCACGGGGUUCGGGAACUACGACGCCAACAACGACACCGCCAAGUACAACCUCGUCGACCCGGUGCAGCGGAACACCAUCAGCGUGCCCACCGCCGGAUGGGUCGCCAUCCGCUUCGUCGCCGACAACCCCGGUGUCUGGAUCAUGCAUUGCCACUUGGACGUCCACUUGAGCUGGGGUCUGGCAAUGGCGUGGCUCGUCAACGACGGGCCGCUGCCGAACCAGAAGCUACCGCCUCCGCCGUCGGAUAUCCCCAAGUGCUGAUACACUCUCUGCAACUGCAACAAUGAUCUGCGGCGGUUUUGAUCCGUGCGUGCAACGCACGCGCGCGUAUAUGCAAUUUCGUUUCGUGGCGCGGUUGGUCGAGGAGCUCGCUCAAUCAAUUUGGCCGCGGUUUUGUGAUGAUGCCUGAUUUUGUUGCUGCACUGUCCUCGGAGACAAAACAAGACCGAUGUGAGAAGUCCAUUGGAUGGCUGUUGUGUGAUUCUUGUUGCUAUUCUUUGAUUCCACCUUUUGUUUUCAUGCUGGGCAUUUGCUGUUAGUGUGUACAGUGUAUACGGUAUAAUAUAUCAAUCAACCAGCUAAUGAUUCUUUUUAUCA